ACGUCUCCCUUCUCCGUCUCUUGCCUUCAGGGUGACCGCGCAAGAGGAAAAGAUGUCGGAUAAAGGGAGCAGCAUGGAUGGGAAGACGGACACGGUGAACGGCAGUUUGUCCAGCAGCCCGGAGGAGAUGUCAGCUGAGGAAGGCCGAGAAACCUCCUCGGGCAUCGAAGUGGAGGCCUCUGACCUCAGCUUGAGCCUGACGGGAGACGACGUGGGGCCCAACCGCACCAGCACGGAGAGCCGGGACACGGACACGGAGAGCUCGGCGGAAGAGAAGGACUCUGACAGCAUGGACGACACGGGCCACUACUCCAUCACCGAGGAGAGCCGGGCGCACGAGCGUUCGCACUCGGAGGAGGAAGAGGAGGAGCCGCGGCCCCGCUGGCAGGCGGUGCACGCGCUGCGGGAACGGGAGCUGGGCUCCAGCUCGCGCUUCGUCUACGAGGCCUGCGGCGCCCGCGUCUUCGUGCAGCGCUUCCGCCUGCAGCACAGCCUCGAGGGCCACACGGGCUGCGUCAACACCCUGCACUUUAACCAGCGCGGCACGUGGCUGGCGAGCGGCAGCGACGACCUCAAGGUGGUGGUGUGGGACUGGGUCAGGAGGCAGCCGGUGCUGGAGUUUGAGAGCGGCCAUAAGAGCAACGUCUUCCAGGCCAAGUUCCUUCCCAACAGCGGCGACUCCACUCUAGCCAUGUGCGCUCGGGACGGCCAGGUCCGAGUGGCCGAGCUCUCCGCCACGCAGUGCUGCAAGAACACCAAGCGCGUGGCACAGCACAAGGGAGCCUCGCACAAGCUGGCCCUAGAACCGGAUUCUCCAUGCACUUUCCUAUCAGCAGGUGAAGAUGCUGUAGUCUUCACCAUUGAUCUGAGACAAGACCGGCCUGCCUCGAAACUAGUUGUGACAAAGGAAAAAGAGAAGAAAGUGGGUCUGUACACCAUCUACGUGAACCCGGCCAACACCUACCAGUUUGCUGUGGGAGGCAGAGACCAGUUUGUGAGGAUUUACGACCAGCGAAAAAUAGACGAGAACGAAAACAACGGCGUGCUAAAGAAGUUCUGCCCUCACCACUUGGUAAACAGCGAGUCCAAAGCUAACAUCACGUGUCUCGUGUACAGCCACGACGGGUCAGAGCUCCUGGCCAGCUACAAUGACGAGGACAUUUAUCUCUUCAACUCCUCUCACAGCGAUGGAGCCGAGUACAUCAAGAGAUACAAGGGACAUCGCAAUAAUGCCACUGUGAAAGGUGUCAAUUUUUAUGGCCCGAAAAGCGAGUUUGUGGUGAGCGGCAGCGACUGUGGCCACAUCUUCCUGUGGGAGAAAUCGUCCUGCCAGAUCGUGCAGUUCAUGGAGGGAGACAAGGGAGGAGUGGUGAGUUUCUGCUGGCACAGCGCACUCCAAGUGCCGAGGGGAAUCCGGGAUGCUCGGGAAUCCGCCGUGGGCCUGGGCAGCUUCCGAAAUAAGAAAUCCCUGUGUGGAAAGGGCUGGGCAGGGUAA